GUAUCUGUGAACCGCUCAUCUGACGAGCAUAUAGUUAAGUAAUAAUUUUGUACGUUUUGAUACUAUCCUUGUUUUGGUUUAAAGUUCUUUGUUUUGGUUUAAAGUAGCCUCGUAUUGCAACCUUGAAAUGACGACUGUACGACCUAACCUGGUUUAUAAGAUCUUUGCCUACUUCUAGCAGUAGGUCACUACGGGCUUCGCGUGUCGAGCUGCAUGGAGACAAGCAUCGCGGACAGCUGCUGCCUCAUGCACUCGGACGAAGUCGUCGAAGUAGCCAGAACACGAAAUGUACGCCGGACAUAAGCUUUCGAAAACAACAGCGUUUCUACCAGUAGUAGAACGACGAGCGCCAGCCUGCACGAAAAUUUCUCAGCUAAUAUUCAAAGGAAGGACCAUCACGGAGGGAGCUGCAGAAUGUUCGUCUGGCCACCAAUGUUAUCGUGGUCGAAAAACCAACAGAAGUCCUCUUCGGCGAAUUACAAGCAGCCAUCUGUUCCUCUUGCGGCUGUUGCUGCCGGCGAUAAUAUUUCGCCUGAGCACUACAGCUGCAACCAUCC